CGAGAGAGAGAGUGAAUUGGGAGCAGGGCUCCGCCUGCUUCUGCUUGUUGUAUGUGGACGGGGGUUCUGGUGUUUGGCUGCUGAUCUCGGGUGCUGCCGCUUUGUCUUAUUUUGCUUGUGUUGCUGGACUGGCCUCUUGGCAUAUUUCUCCCCUACCCACACACAAACACAAAAAAACUCCCCUGCUCCUAUUUAACCUCCUCCCCAGGCCAUGAUCGGCAGGGGGCAAUCGGACAUCCAAAUUCUCCAGCUGGCCCGUCCCUGAGGUUCCCCUGGCUUCGAGCUAUCUCUCUGGCUCGGUGGAUCCCAGUGCUGUCGGUCGUGUGAAGGUUUCGCCUCUUGCCGAGAUGUCCCUGCCCUGUUGUGUAUCGCAGCUGGCCUGCUGUUGUGGCUCCAACGAUUGCUCUCUCUGCUGCAGCUGCUGCCCAAAUAUUAAAACCUCCACGAGUACCCGGGUCAUGUAUACUCUCUACCACAUUCUGGGAACCAUUGUCUGCUUCCUCAUGUUGUCGCCUACUGUGGGUGAAGCGUUGAAGACGCAUGUUACCUUUUAUGGAGAGUUUUGUAAAACUAUUCAGGCGGGGGCUGAUUGUGAAAGGCUUGUUGGCUACUCUGCAGUUUAUAAGGUUUGCUUCGGAAUGGCCAUAUUCUUCUUCAUUUUCUUCAUCCUGAUGAUCAAUGUGAAAACCAGUAAAGAUUGUCGAGCUUACCUCCACAAUGGAUUCUGGUUUGUGAAGCUUGUGGUAUUGGCUGGAAUGUGCGCAGGAGCUUUCUUUAUACCUGACCAGGACACCUUUCACAAAGCAUGGUUGUACAUUGGCGCAGCUGGGGCCUUUCUCUUCAUCCUGAUUCAGCUCAUGCUGCUGGUGGAGUUUGCACACAAAUGGAACAAAACUUGGUGGGCUGGAACAGCAAACAAUAAAUGCUGGUAUGCUGCCUUGGCCCUGGUUACACUCAUUCUUUACUCGGUCGCUGUUUGCGCUGUUGUUCUAAUGGUGAUCUUUUACACCGACCCUGAUGGAUGUACGCUAAACAAGAUUUUACUGGGUGUCAAUACUGGCCUCUGCUUCGUUGUCUCCAUGGUGGCGAUUACACCCUGUGUUCAAAAAUAUCAACCUAACUCAGGCCUCCUACAGUCGGGAGUAAUCAGCUGUUAUGUGAUGUACCUCACUUUUUCUGCACUGGCCAAUGCACCUCCAGAAUACGUUAUGAAGGAGAAAGUGAAUACCACAAUAUGCAUUCCUCAGUUAUUGGGCAAUGGUCUUCAAACAGAUGACAAGCUUGUUUCUGUGCUGGGAGCUAUUAUCAUGUAUGGCUGCGUGCUUUAUGCCUGUCUAACCUCUACGACACGUUCAAGCUCAGCAACACUGGGAGUGAGCAAAAUCCCACCCUCGGAACCAACUGAAGCUCGCUGCUGCUUCUGCUUUACACCAGAUGAAGAAGGUAACUAUAAAAUAGAUGGACCUGAAAAAGGAAUCCAGAAGGUGAUCCACAAUGAAAACAAUGGCGUCUUGUACAGUUACUCCUUCUUCCACUUUGUCUUUUUUCUUGGUUCCCUGUACGUGAUGAUGAUGUUAACAAACUGGUUUCAGUAUGACGAGGUUAACUUAGAAAAUUUGUUUGUACCUCGGAACGUAUCCACUCUCUGGAUUAAGAUGGCUUCCUGUUGGCUAUGUAUCUUGCUGUUUUUAUGGACUCUUAUUGCUCCCAUGUGUUGUCCAAACCGUGAAUUUUCAGUGUAAUUGUUUAUUUAACCUCCCCAGAGCUCCAGUUUCCCACAUUCCUCAUCCAUCUUAACUUAUCAUGUUAAGUACCUGCCCUGUUGUCUAUUGCAACAGUUUGAUCCAUCUUAUUGUAUUGUACUCUCACUAUGGGCUUCUUUUAUAUAUGGUUAUAGAUGCCGUCAACAAUCUUUUAUAUGUUUAAUGACAUUUCUACAAGUUUCUAUAGAGAUAAUAUUUCAGGGUAGGGUUAGAUACCCUCAUCAGUAAUUCUUGUGUGUGAUUGGGAAACACAAUACGAUUGAUUGGUCCAGCAGUUUAAGUGGCAGGAUCAGGGAGAUUUGAGGGAAGGGAGGUAGGGGUGGGUGGGUUAGGAACAUUACUUGGAAGGGAAGGGGAAGUCUAGAAAUUCACAGGAAUGAUGUUGAAUUGUUGGUUUACAUUGAGGCUGCAUUAGGAAAAUCAGCAAUUUGAAUUUAACAAUAUCAUUCAUACAUACAGCAUAGUACCAGAUUAUAUAUAGAUAGAAAUAUUAUGUACUUUGACAUGCUAAGUAAACUAAAGGUUAUCAAGAAGUAAUUGGGCCUUAGUAGAUCUGGUGACUUACAGUCUAGCAAGUUACCAGUGGAUCCUAAUUUGUGCCUGACCCAGUCUACACUGGUAUCGUAAUCUAUAUAUAAAUCUGGGUAAGAAUGGCUUGUUUUGUCUGCCUUGUCUAAUGCAUGUAGAGAGAUGAGUUUCUGCUCCUGGACAACUUCUAGACUGAAAAGAAAAACUGAAAGCUUCAUUGGUUAGUAAUAAACAAAAAUGUAAAAUAUCAAAUCUUUCUAUUAAAAUAAAGUAGUUGUAAUGCAGUCAGAAGUAAGGUUUAGGGAUUUAUGCAAAUGGAGGUGUGUGGUUACUUGGAAUAUAUAUGGGGAAAGUGAGAUUGUUAUUCAAAUAAUCAAUUUAAAUUUUAUGUAAGCGUCUCCCCUAUUUGAAUUUCAUUGUCUACCUCUCCACCCACUCACUCACCCACCUCGCAUGCUAAUUCCUCUGUUAGUUGAUUAACAAGAAAUGCCACCAGUUUAAGGCAAUUGCAUCCGAACCGUGUGGUUACGUUACACUCAUGCAACACUCGGGACCAAAAUAUUGUGGCUCGAUGUAUCACAAACUGCUGAGAGUGAACUGGAAAGAAGAUAUAUGUGGAUAAGCUUAAAGGUGCUUGGGUCAAAUCAAAAGAAUUGCACCUCCUGUGAUAUGUUAAUAUAUGAAGAAAUAGAAAAGAGUUGAUUGAAUGGAGUGUUUUGAUGCGGGUAUUCAUGUGUAUUUAUUUAACUUGUAGGUUUUUUUUAAAAAUAUAGUAUUUGAUACAAAAAUUUCUAGUACUACAUAAUGUGGAUCAAAGUAAAUUAGUAUUACUAAACAAGUUAGUCCAGAAAACUGUUCACAAGGUCAAAUGUGAGGCUGUAAAUUAAGUAAACUUAUUGGAACAACUCAGUUCAUGCUGCCUUUUACCAAAUGCUUAUCAUAGUUUAGCCAACUGUUUCCUUCCAUUUUAGCCAAGUGGCAGUUGCAUUCACAUAAGAAUCUAUUCUAAUUUUUUGUGUGGUUAAACUUGUCGAUCUUUAACAGGCCAAACAAAGAAGAGUCUCUGCUGUCCAGCUUAAACCCCAUAUGGCAUAAGCCAGAUUGGCAUUGACAAUGCUUGUACUUGCUGCCUUUCCAAAUUGUUGCAGUGAAUCCCCCUUUGAAUGAAUAUAGUCGCUGUUAAAUGGCGGAGGAAAGCAUCAAUAACUACUGUUGGUGGUCUUCCUGAAUAAACCCAAAUGGAGAAUUGAUAACUUGAAGAAAAAUAGGUUUUGAAGAGGGGCUGGAAUAGUUCAGUACUUUUUACUUUUUAAAAAUCUUUUGAAGUGAAAGACUCUAAAGCAAAGUGAACAGUUCAGAACAUGAUUGUGCCAUUUGUUGACCUGAGGAAGUGAAGGAAAGCUGAUUUAAUUUUGUGGAAUAGCACAUGAGGUUGGGACUUUCUGAAACUGCUUCAUAUGAGAACUUGUACUAUGCAGAGCUAUAUUUCCUGGAACCCAUUUUAAACAGAAACCUGCACAAUCAAUCUAUCCAAUAGAGGAAGAAUAUACAGUAUCUCACUGGCGCUGACAAGAACUGAAAAUGAGCAUGUAGUUGAUGGCUGGAUCCUGCUCUUUCCCCCCAGUCCUGUUGGAGAGUGGGUAUUAAAAUGUCUUCUGCUGUUCCCAGAAUAAAGCUGAGUGGCUUUACUUACCUCAGAAUCUCAUGCCAGCUUUACAGUAGCAUUUAUGGCUGGUGGCAAAUUGGUUCUCUGCACUCUUUCCUCAAUUCCAGCAAUAGUACACUUGAAAUGAAUAAGUUGAAUGCAGCUGUUGCUAAAAUACACUGACAAUCGAGUAUCACGUCAUUUACCCGCUCAAAUGCCCUGUUAAUGCAGUAAGCUCUAAGUUGGUGAUUUAAGAUUUUCUGCUUCAUGUAUGUUAAGAGUUCAAAACUAUAUGGCAGAUUUGUGAAAGGUGCUGCAACUUUGCUGCUGCAUGUGAAAUGUUUGAGAGUACAUUGACAACAAAGCAGAUAGUAUUUCUGCAUAUUGCAGCCUUCCUGCACUGUUCCAUGCAGAGAUAGCAAAAAUAUCUGACUCAUUCACCUUCUGAGGCACACCAACAGUAUAUUUCAAGAAGAAUUGAUUGCAUUGAGGUUUGGUUUAGAGGUUGUGCCUAUGUGGACAUUUUUGUUUCUGUUAAUUAUGAGGAGGGCGAAUGAGUUUGAUUCAAAAAUGCAAUUUAAAGACUUCCUGCUUUAAUAGCCCCUGGCUGGGCAAGCAGCUUUUAUGUGGUCACAAGUUUAUAAUUGAUUUUUUUUUUGGUACCUGAAAUUGUAUUCUGGAACGACAAACGUGUAUAAAAGCUUUGCUUUAAAACUGGGUGUGUUGAGGUGCAACCUAUGUAAGAUUACUUGGGUAUCACCAUUGGCUUCAAGUCACAAGUUAAAUGUGUGAUUUUGACAUUUUUCUCCCCUCAUUUGGUACGAAUGUUAUUGCUAUUGGAGUGUGAUUUAGAGCAGAUGCAGGAUUUGUUUCCUGUGAGGUUUUAUUUCUAUACCGGUGCUAAUGAUGGGCCUGCCUGUCCAAUUGGAGCUUACAAGUCUCACGUGGUGGGAUAUUUUGCUUCUACCUGUGGCCAUAUCUCCUUGCCUCAGAUUUUCUGCAAGAUGCCUCAUUUUACAAUGGUUCGAUGGCACUGUGUCCAAGAUUUAAAUAACUUCUUACGCAUGGACCACGGACUCUUGCCUGAGGCAACAGUAUCUCCAAGUAUUUGCCUGCAUCAAACAAAGACAAAAAUCCUGAACCUUAAUGUGCAAGUUUUGUUAAGGGCAACUGGUAUUUUUUUUUAAAGCUGUGGAAAAAGUUUGUUAAUGCAUUCAAUGUUGUUUUUAGCAUGAGUAUUUCACAUCAUUGUAAUCUUUUGAUAUGACUAUGUUGUAGCACCUUUUUUGUAAUUUGCGCUAGUCAUUGUUUUAAUAUGGAUUGCUUAUUGUCAGUCAUCCUUAAAAUUGCCUAAGCUAAUUUAAGGUGGAAGUUUUAUUUAUCCAGUUCCUGAUUUGCUGAUACUUAAAAUGUACUGCCCAUCGGGGAUGGGGGGGAAUUGAUUUUCUCAGCCGUGGUUUACAAUCUUAAGUAAAUUUCACUAAAUGCCCUCAUUAAAUUCUUCAAAUUUUUCACACGUUAUCUUGGGUGUACAAUGUACAGUUAAUUUUUUUGUUUAAUUUCCAAUGUAAUAUUGCUUUCCUGACUUUCUACCUUACAAGUGCACAUUGUUUUUAUUAAAAUUCCUAAUAAAUUGGAGUUCAUUUUUUUCUGAACUCUUUGAAUUGUGUUUAAUUAAAAUCUACAAAAUGUUA